AUGUCUCGAUUGAUUUUUUCUCGUUACGCUCCAGCACACUUACUGCGUCCAGCACCACCAUUAGCUAUAAUACGUCUUAAUAGUAUUCUCUUUACUCGAAGCUAUACAACUAAAAGGUAUACAAAAGAACAUGAAUGGGUUAACGUGGAAGAGAGUUUAGCCACAAUCGGAAUAACAGACCAUGCACAAAGCUCUCUAGGUGAAGUUGUGUUCGUUGAAGCUCCAGAGUUAAAUAAAAAGGUCAAGAAGCAAGAUCCCAUUGGCGCUGUAGAGAGUGUUAAAGCUGCCAGUGAUAUUUACGCGCCUGUAAGUGGAGAUGUUGUUCUAGUGAAUGAGAGAUUAAAGGAUCAGCCGUCGUUGAUCAAUGAGAGUCCAGAAGAUGAGGGAUGGUUCUGUAAAAUCAAAAUGUCAAAUUCAUCCGAGAUAAAUGAUUUAUUAGACGCGGAAGCAUAUGAAAAAUUCAUUGACCAAAAGGAAAGCUAA